GGAAACAGUACAUAAUAUUAAACUAAAGAGCGCGGGAGCAUAACUGUGUCAACGGUUUGGUGUUGCUGUUUAGUAUUGUUGAUUUUGAAUUGUUUUUAAGUCAAAUGUAAUGAAAUGGUACGUCCCAAGUCUAGAAAAAGUGGAUCUGGACAAUCCUCAAUUCUUAAAGCAGCACUUCGACAACCAUUACAACAUGUAAGUUCUAAUGGUUCCUUAAAUCAAGAAAGUCCAGUUACUUCGAAAAUAAAACGACGGGUUAGUUUUGCAGAAAAGAAUCAUGUAAAAGAGUUCGCUGAUUCAGUAGAACAAGGAACCUUGUGGAACAAUACAUAUGAAGAAUCAUCAAAUAAAAAUGUAGGGCAAAUUGAUUUAAAUAAUCAGAAUCAGAAUGAAAUUGUUACUAAUAAUAAUCAUUCUACAAGUAGCGGUAUGAUAGUAAGUGAAAGUACAAAUCUAAUGAAUGAUUCUUUAGAGUUAACAGAAUGUCUAGUUACAAUGGGUUCUUUAAAAUCAAUAUAUACUGAAGAAACUCCAUUAAACAAAUCAAUAUCUUUAGUACAUCAAAGUAAAAACAGUGAUGAUGGAAACUGUGCUCAUAAGAGUAUAAAUGUUUAUAAUAAAAUAUCAAGUUUAUAUAAUAUGGAAGGUCAGGACUUGAACAAAACUUGUAUUCAAGAUAUAUCUAUGGAGGUCACAGAAAUACCUUCUUUUAUGAAGUCUCAAAAUAUUUUAUCUAUUCAGCAUAAACAGGUAUCAGAAGAGAAAGAAAACAUACCAAUGUCUGAUAUUAUCACAGAAUCUAAUGUUUCAUCAAUUUCAACAAAUGAAAAGAACAUAAUGUCAAAUAAAACACAAUAUUUUUCUACUGAAACAUUAGAAUUUACAGAAUGCUUGCAAUUUACAAAAGAACCGAUUGAUUUGCAACACAAAUUUUCAAAAAUAAGUGCCCUUACAAAUGACGAGAAUGUGACUGAUCACCAAACUCAGAUAUUUCAAAAUGCACCAAUGGAAAUGACAUGUACUACUCCAUUGACCUUUAGAAAAAACUCUACAGAUCAAACAGUCAUUUUUCAUGAUGCUUCAAUGGAUGAUACAAAGAUAGUUACUUCAGUUAUGAACAAAAAAGAAAAAUCAAUGAAUAAAAAUAUAUCUCAAGUAGAAAAUGAUAAUAGAUUUUUUAAAAAAAUGAUUACUUCUAUUAACAAGACUAAGGUGUUAGACACAUCAAUGGAUAUUACAGAAGGAAUUUAUUCAUUGCCUCAUUCAAGAAGAGUUAAUGAUGUUACAGAUACUAUGAAUACUUCAAAUUAUCAAAGUUCUGCUAUAAAUGAUCAGACAGAGUUAAACAAUGAUUCAAUGGAAUUUACUAUAUCUGCAGCAAAUUUACCUCCAGUAGUACGUAACAUAGAUACAGAAAAAUUACCCCAAAUUACAAAAAUGAAUGCAUGUACAAUGUCAAAUCAAAUUAGAUUGUCAUCAGAAGGUACAAAAAUAUUUCAAAACGAAUCAAUGGCAAUUACUGAGCCUUUACACGUACUAUCGCCUCUAAAUAUUUUACAGAAUGAUUCUGAAGAAUUAAAAGAUGUGAUCGAUCCUGAAAAUAAUCAAAACAUAAUGUCACCUAACACAAAGAUAUUUCAGAAUAUGUCAAUGGAAAUUACUAACGCAAUAACUAACUUACCAAUAUUACCUAAUUUAGAUACAAACGAGAAGCAGGUUCAUGUAAUUGAACAUGGUCCAUCUCAAGAAAAUUCUAUAGAUAUUACUACACCUGUAUAUUCUAAUCCAAGUUCUUCCACAAUUCUUCCAAAUAAAAUUGUUGAUACUACAAUGAAAAAUAAUAGCACAUUUAAAUAUACAAAUAAAAAUAGAGAUACAAUAAAAAAUAAUAGCACAGAACGUAUAAAUGAAAGUAGAGAUUACCGUUUCUUACAAAGUAAGAGUAGUAAUUCAAUAAAUCAAAUUUCAAAUACAACUGAAAAAUUAAAAAAACACGGUUGUAUAUUAGAUUCUACGUACCAGAAAACAAGACAGAAUCAUUCAAUGAGUGAAGCUGUACAAAAAACUGAUAUUCAGUUUAACAGUAGUAAUAAUAAUAUUAAUAAAUCUAGACAUCAAGCAACAGAUGGUACAAACUUUUCUUGUACCACGUAUUGUAAUGAUGAUUUUGAAAAUAUAGAAAAUAUUAGCACAGAUGAUCAACCAGUAAAAGCUUUAACUUCAUUAAUAUCAUCUUUUGUGUAUGCAGACAUGAUAGAGGAUGAUUCAUUUGUCAAGACAAUACAUGAAGUUCAGCAAGAAAUACAUUCUAGAGAAAAUGAUAUGAACGUGAAUUCAGUAGUUAAUAUUGCUAAUGUAGAAGCAAUGAAUAUACAAUCUCCUGAAAAAUGUAUCAUCGAAAACGAACAGAUUGUGCAUAAACCUGAAAAUUAUUUCAAAUGUUAUCGCGAAGAUAAUAAUAUUCAAGUAGAUGAUAUCAUAAGUAAUAAAGAAAUGAAUAAUCAACAAAAUUCGGACAUUGUUUCAAACAAAAUUAAUGAAAUUCAUGAAAGUGUUUUUGAAAAUAGUAUUAACAAUAAAAGAUUAAUUGAUACUUCUACCGAAGUAGAAGUUAUUCCAUCAGGUAAACAAUUACACAAGACAAAGAAAAAUGUUGAGAAUAAUUCAGCAACAUAUAUAAUAAAAUCUAAGAAAAAUUCAGACAUUGACAUAAAUAAACACAUUGAUGAUGAUAGUAGUAAUGACAAUCAGGUCCUUUGUAGAUCAUAUGUAUUGUCACCAACAUUAAUUUCUGCUUACAAUAAAAAUAAAACAUAUACUGACGAAAAUAACAUUAUGCUAAUAGCUGAUGUGACAGAUUUAACAUGCAGCAUGGAUGUAACACAAAAGUAUGAUAAUAAUUCUUCAAGAGAAGAAAUUAAUCAUAUUGUAUUGGAAGAAAACACUGGGGAAAAUAAUAGUUUUCAAGAAGAUAAAUUUUCUUUGAUAGUAAGAAAAUUGAAGAACCAUGUGCAGAGUAACGAUUGUAUAUGGGAUUUAUAUUUUGAGAAUAUAGAUAAACAAAUGCUAGUUGUUAGUUUUAUCUCUACAUCUUUAUUGAUAAUAAUAUAUACCCAAAACGAUGUUGAUAUCAACACAUGUAUGAUCAAAGAUAUUAAUGUAAUUUCACGUCUAGAAAAUGAUGAAAAUGUGCUGUUAAGUAUAGCACACAAAUUAAUAAGUGAGAAAAUAAAUAUAGAACAUAUUUGUCAAUUGUAUAAGUAUGAAGAGGAUAUUAUUCCUUUAUUAAAUCAUAUUUCAGAAGAUGUGAAAUUAAUAUUAGAUUUUAUAUUUGACUUAAAACAAUUAGAUGAUACGAAUUUAAUGGAAAUAAAUACCGAAUGCAUAACGUUUAUAUCAAGAAGUAAAUGUAUGGACAUUAUAUUGAAAAUUACAAUGAAAAUUAAAUUAUUUGAUGAAAUAAAUUCAUCUAACAUUAAGGUCGUUUGUAUUUUGGGUACAGUUAUAGAGAAAGAUAUUAAAGAAUUAUUUGCAAAUGUAAAAAGAGAUCAUAAAUUUUUAAGGAGAUAUAUGUCUGAUAUUAAGGAUUAUAUUGAUAUAAUGGAACAAGUUAAUGCUGCAAAUAAAAAAAGUCGUUAUUGUAUUGAAAAAGAAAAGAAAAUUAAUCUUUUAUAAGGGGUAUACAUGAUUGAAUUUGUAAAAUAUUUGUAUGUGUAUUUGUAGAUUCAUUCAAGUGUAAGUACAACAAUUAUUUAUAUGUGUAAUUGCAUGUGUAAAUUAUUUUAUCGAUAUCACGUAUAACGUGAUAUAUUAAAUCGUAAAUGAAUCGCAUUAUAAUUAUAUCGCAAUUUGUUAAAAAUCUUCAAUAUUUUAUAUGUAAUAAGGGAUAGUAUAUAUUAGGUUUAUUUAAUAUCCUUGUUAUUAUUUUAUAAUAUCCUUGCUAUUCGUUCUAUACUGCAAGUAGAUUUGAUAACAACUGUACAUGAAUUUAUAGUAGAUAUAUACAUACAAGCAGGUUGAUCGACUAGCUUCGAUGCAGCCGGUUCGGACUAUGCAGGUUUUUGUUGAUGCACUUGCAGUUCUUUGGAUAGUAGCGUGUGAACAACUGGCUUCCCAUAGAAUCAUUCGAGUUUCCGUUGAGUUCUUAAGAAAUAAUCAUCAUCAAUAACUAUGAUUAGAAUUAUCGAGAAUGUGCAAUCAAAAUGUUUUAUAUUAUUUAAUUACGAAUAUUUCUCUUAUUCUUUUAAGUAUUAUUGACAAUCGUGACAAUAUUAAUGACAAUAAAUAUUAAUCUGAUAAAAAAUUUAUUUAAGUUAUA